AUGCACCGGUCAAUGGUGCGAUGCACAUCCUGCCGGGCGUCAAUCCUCGAGGCCUUUACUUCUCUCGCUGGAAUUUCGAUCCCAGUCAAGGCCGUCGCCCCUUCGAGACUUUCUAAGCCGUUGGGCCAGUCACGCAGAAAUUUUACUCGCUUUGCGCCUUUGCAACAGUCCGGCGUACAGAGCUCGUCGCAAACCCCGUCAGAAACUCAGGCGGAGUCGUCUUCGAUACCGUGGUACCUUCAGAUCGAAGAUCCCACUCCGCCCGCGCCUAUAUCCCCCUUGCUCGCGCUGCAGGAAAUCCCGCCCUUGCCACACGAUCCACCCGCGAUCCUCUCCCCUGUCCUCACGCACCUCUCGACCCAGAUCGGGCUCGAUAACCUCACGCUCCUAGACCUCCGGCGCCUCGACCCGCCGCCCGCGCUGGGCUCCAACCUGCUGAUGAUCAUCGGCACUGCUCGGUCCGUCAAACAUCUCAACGUCUCGGCCGAUCGAUUUUGUCGUUGGGUCAGGAAAGAGUACAAACUGAGACCGUACGCAGACGGACUGUUGGGGAGGAACGAAUUGAAAUUGAAGCUGAGGAGAAAGGCGAGGAAGAUGAAGCUGGCGCAGAGCGUGGGGAACACGGUUGCCAUGAAAGAUGCCGACGACGGAAUCACCACGGGGUGGAUCUGCGUAAACAUGGGCGCUGUCGACGACGCCGUCGUGCCAGAAAUGCAAGAGGACGAAGAUGGAGAUCAGAUGCGGACAGACGGUGCCGAGGGAGACGAACAACGUGUCUCUCCCGCGUCUACCGCCGCGCCAAUGAUGACAAGGAAAAUGCAGGAGACGCUCGCCGAGGAUGAAGAGGACGAAUACCAGAAUCCUGGAGACGACUACGUCGGUUUCGGCUCACGGUCCGACUCGCCACGUAUUGUCGUCCAGAUGUUCACCGAGGACAAGCGGGUCGAGAUGGAUUUGGAGGGGUUGUGGGACGUGCGAAAUACCAGACGAGCACAGAGGGAGGAGAGAGCAAACGUCGAGGCCGAGGCUGCUGUGGGACGAUUGCAGCACGAACAAUAA